AUGGAUCACCUGACUGCGCUCUUCCAGGAGAUGUGGCGUCAAGGUGAAGUCCCGCAAGAUUUCAAGGACGCAACUAUCGUGCACCUAUACAAGCGCAAAGGGAAUCGCCAAGUCUGCGAAACCACCGCGGCAUCUCCCUACUGAACAUCGCCGGGAAGAUCUUCGCUCGCAUCCUGCUCAACCGCCUCAACAUCCAUUUGGAACAGGGCCAUCUGCCGGAAAGCCAAUGCGGCUUCCGUCGUCAUCGUGGGACCACGGAUAUGAUCUUCGCCGCCUGCCAACUUCAGGAGAAGUGCCAGGAGAUGCGGACCCACCUGUACUCUACCUUCGUGGACCUGACGAAAGCCUUCGACACGGUGAAUCCUGAAGUACUGUGGAAGAUCAUGCAGAAAUUCGGCUGUCCGGAGCGAUUCACUCAGAUGGUGCGUCAGCUGCACGAAGGUAUGAUGGCGCGAGUCACGUACAACGGCGCUGUCUCAGAGGCAUUCGCAGUGACCAACGGAGUGAAGCAGGGCUGUGUGCUGGCGCCUGCCCUCUUCAGUCUUAUGUUCUCUGCCAUGCUGAUGGAUGCCUAA